UCAAAUGAAACCCACUGAAGGAAUGUUCUGGACAGAAGAGCAGAUGGCAUUAAAAGCUGAUCCCAUGAGCAAUGAGGAUGGCAGCUGAUUGAUUCCUUCCCAGAAAGAACUCACUGGGAUGCUGGAACUAGUGCACCACUGUGGCCUUGAUGCAUUUGUCUGACUCAAUCCUACAUCACUUUCCUGCAAGGAAACUAACACACAGAAAUCACAUGGUGGCAUGUGUUGGUGCAACAGCUUCUGACAGAGUGAGCACAGCUGUCCUAGAUGGUGUGGGCCAUAUAUGGAUGGGUACUGCUGUUCAAGAUGAUGAUGCUUUCUGCUGAUGGCAGUAUCAAAGUCUCAGAGGUUUCCACAACAGCACUGUGCAUUGUUGGUGAAGUUACAAAUUCAGAAAGGUGUCUACCUGCACAUAGAUGGAAUAAGGUGGGACGAAUGGAAUUUGAUUGCAAUGUGCCCAACAAAUUAUUCUGUGUCAUACAUCUGCCCAACAAGACAUCCAAUAUCACAUGCUUCACAAGCUCUCCUCAAAGCAACAUGUGCCUGCAAAAUUGGCAGGUGUCAUCAAGUCCAUGCUAAGGUCCGUCAUCACUUACAUGCUCAUCCAGUUGGCUGUGUCUAUGCUACACAGAGAAGCAGUAAACAAGCAAACCAUCAAUCUGCCCCACCUUCAGUAUCUUAAGGACUCAAAGCACUCAACUGGGUUUUAAGUGACAGUACUGAGCCUUCAACUUCAUCUAAAUAAUAUUCAACCAUUCAGUUCCUGCCUCACAGAAACAUGCUGUGGCAUCUUCUUCACAAAGACCAACCAGUUAAUGCAUUACAGGGGAAAAAAUUGUGAGAAUGAUACACAGAUGCAUUAUGGGGUAAAAUGCACAGUUUCUAAAAGGCAAACCAAGUGGUGUGUAUAGUUACCACUUUAUUGCAGAGGGUUAAUGGUACUACAUACA